GUCACUUCUUUGCUGCAUUUUUCCUCGAUCUCCUUACUGAGCCCACAUAAGCUCCGCCUCAAAUACUAAAACAAGGCAAAAAUGGCGUCGUUUCCCAAAAAGAAGUGCGGUGUUCUUGGUGCCACCGGCUCGGUAGGCCAAAGAUUCAUUCUGUUGCUCGCGGAGCAUCCUUUCCUGGAGCUACAUGCCAUCGGUGCCUCAGAGCGGUCUGCGGGCAAGAAAUACAAGGACGCAGUACGAUGGAAACAGAGUACGCCAAUGUCUGAGAAGCUCAGCGACCUAGUUCUACGGAACUGCAAGGCCGAGAAUUUCACUGAUUGCGACCUCGUGUUCUCUGGCUUAAACAGUGAUGUUGCAGGUGAUCUAGAAAUGGAAUUCAUCAAGGCUGAUAUCCCUGUCUUCUCAAACGCGAAGAACUACCGCAAACAUCCCGUUGUCCCGCUCGUUGUUCCCACAGUUAACCCUAAUCACCUCGACCUCAUUCCUCACCAGCGCAAACAUUUCGGCCUGAAGAAGGGAUUUUUGGUCUGUAACUCUAACUGCGCCGUCAUCGGAAUCGUUAUUCCAUUUGCUGCCCUCCAGGCCAAGUUCGGCCCAGUCGAAGAGGUAGAGGUUUUCACAGAACAAGCCGUGUCUGGAGCUGGCUACCCGGGCGUUCCCAGUAUGGAUAUCAUGGACAACGUUAUCCCCUUCAUCAGCGGCGAGGAGGAUAAACUUGAGAAUGAAGCCCAGAAGAUCCUUGGUUCACUGACAGCGGAUGCCACCGCUUUCGACGAGCAGCAAGGACUUAGGAUCGGAGCCACCUGCACAAGAGUUGGUGUCACCGACGGCCACAUGGCGUUCGUUUCUCUGCGUUUCAAGAACCGCCCAGCUCCCAGCGCUGAACAAGUGGUGCAAGCCAUGAGAGAAUACCAGUCAGAAGCUCAGAAGCUUGGAUGUCCAUCUGCCCCGGCCGAGGCCAUCAAAGUGUUCGAUGAGCCCGACAGGCCGCAGCCAAGACUAGACCGAGACAUCAACAGGGGUUACACAGUCAGCGUGGGACGAGUGCGCGAGGGUAACCAGGGUGGUUAUUUCGAUAUACGAUUCGCAGCUCUCUCACACAACACUGUCAUCGGGGCUGCUGGAUCUUCAAUCCUCAACGCCGAAGUGGCAGUUAUCAAGGGAUACAUCUAGAUCUUAAACGAUUAUACAAAAGCGGUUAGACAUUAUUUCAAUCCAACUUCUAUUCUGU